CAACUACCAUGCCCACAACGACAACAACAACGCCCACAACGACAACUACCACGCCAACAACUACAACAACGAUGCCCACAACUACGACAACAACGCCUACAACUACAACUACCACGCCAACAACUACAACCACAACGCCCACAACGACAACUACCACGCCCACAACUACAACUACGACUCCCACAACUACAACUACAACGCCAACUACCACAACCCUUAACACAACUGGAAGUGAGUCUGCUUCAAAUGUUACGGAUGUAAAGAAUGGAGGACUAGAGAUAUUUAUCAUACCCUCUGUGGCAGGUUUCGUAUUCUUAGUCAACAUGCUCUGUCUCGUCAUGUUGACCUGCGGUAGAAAGAAAAGGAGGAAAAGACAGGCGGCCAAAGAAGUGGAAAACCAAGCCCAGAAGUCCUUUCAAAAAAGUGUUAAAGCUGACACUGAAUCAUUGAAUAAUUUUAAGAUCCCGCGUCCAAGCCUCAAUGGACCUAUUUAUACGAACGAUUACAGCACGUGGGGCUCCUCCUUCUCCUCCUUUAGUCCCUAUGGCUCUGUCGUGUACCUGAAUACGGAUGAAGUCAUGUACGAGGAAAUUGAUAAGGGACGAGAUGUUGAUCCGGUGGAGAAGUACAUAACAGAAUGAAUGGUUCAAGCCCAAACCGACAUAAAGGACAUAAAAAGGCUCAAACAAUGAAAACAUAUAAAAAAAUCUGUGAAAAUCUAAGCCAUCAAAUUUAAGAUAAGAUCUGCAUUGUUAUCAUUUCAAAUGAUUGGUAUUAGUUUAUCAUGUCGUUUCUGAACCAUUUUAAAUGUUUUAGAUGCCACUUUAAAUAACUAUUCAUAUUAUGUUUCUGUCUCAUUGAUUUUUUAUGGGAUCCCAUGCUGGUGAAUAUGUCAGUGUCGACAUUCCUACAUACCAUGUAGUUUCCAGCAGCAAAUUUACAAGUUCUCCCUCAGGAGGCACGGUACUCUAGUAGUAGGACACCGGGCUCGUGACCGAAGGGUUGCGUGUUCGAGUCACGGCACGGC